GCUCUUUGCAUUACUGCAGCCAAACUGGAACCUGGACUGUGCCAUUACGCGUCCUGGUGUUUUUGCCCCUUUUCUGUCUCUCUGUUACUUUAUUUAAAAAAUAUUCAUGACUUCACAAUUUUUCAGCAUGCAGUAACAUAUUAUCUUAUAGUGGAUGAAUGAUCACAGCAACAAACUGAGCUGUCAACAUUUCUCAGAAGAGCUGAUGAAUGAUGCAUUUCAGCAGCUACAGCCACGUAGCCUAUGUUCUAUAAUGCACUGCACAGAGACGCAGAGGGCUGUGAUUGGCUGUGAGCUGCAGGAGCAUGAGGUCUGGAAAUAUAAAAUCGGUCUGUUAGGAGUGAGCAUGUUAGUACCUGCUGAGUAGGGGAACAUCAACACUUUAAUCUGCACUGUUUGGACACAGAAAGAGGAUUUGUUUCGUCUGUCCAAACAUGAGACUCACCACUCUAGUUGUGGUGUGCGGGCUGAUUGUUGGUCACGGAGGGAGUGUAGAAGCAGCUUUACCGGAAUUUGACACUGCACAGAGGACACAUGCAACAGGUGAGCAACCUUCCUCAGGAUCAGUCCUCUCCACACUCAGGAGAAGAACUGCAGAAGAGUUUUUGACUGAGGAUCCAAACCUGUGCUUCUCCCUGAGAGAGAAUGAAGACCAGCGGCAGCUUCUAUGCAAUGACCGCAGGAGCAAAUUCAACUUCAACCCGUUCGGCCUUCGCUUUGGGAAACGCUACAACGGCUACAUUUAUAGAAGAGCCAUUAAAAGAGCCAGGACAAAUAAGUUUUCACCCCUGUCUCUCUUCCCACGAGAACUGGAGGUGCCUAGAUGAAACCAAUUUGUCUUCCUCUCUUCCAUACUAUGUGUUAAAUUUAACUUAAGAUAAAGUUAUGUUUUUGUGAAUAACACUUUUGUAUCUACCUUUACUUUGACAUUCUUUUAAGAUCUACAAGAAAGGAAUUCAGAAUAAAAUAAAAUUAGAAAGGGAAACAGAAAGCCUCAGACAAUAUCAUUUUGUAACAUGUUUGCUCUAAGUCAUCUAUGAAAUCCAAAUGAAAUGCUCCAUUUGGACUUUUCUGAGGACAGCAAAGAUGUCUGUAAUUUCACAAUUAAAGUGUA